CAUGUUUUCUUGAACUGUCUCGGUGCCGGUGCAGGUAAUGCCAAUAAUAUAAACAAGCUUUCGUGGGUAGGAAUGCUACUACCUGAAAAAUAUAAGGAGUCGAAUGACAAUUUUACAUUAAUUAUGUGCUCAGUUCAUAUUAAAAAUAUAUUUUCCUUUCCUUUCAUUACAGCCAUGGGCAAGACAGUGGACGAAAUCCUUGAGCAAAUCGGCCAGAUGGGUCGUUUUCAAAUCUCACGACUUUCCAUGUUUUGUUUUCUUAUGUCGCCAGCGAUAUUUCAGCUUCUAAACAUGUACUAUCUCGCCGCAGAAGCGCCGUGGCAGUGCGUGAAGAACAGUACAGAGUGUAAAUUGAAUGGAAGUUUUGUAGCUGGUGAUUAUGACUAUGAUUUUAGAUGUAAGAUUAACAGGAGUGAGUGGGAGUAUGCGAGAUACGAAGGGCCUCACGAUUCUAUUGUGAGCGAGGUAAGUUUGGAUCGAAUCUUCUUAGAUUUUCUCUCGUAUGUCUUCUUAUCAGUAAGAGACAACUUUUUUCAAUGUUGUAUAUUGGCCGAUGAAAAGUAUUCUAAACCAAAAAUCUUUUUGGCGUUCUUCUCAAAAUUACUUUGUUUUCGCUUUAUUUUGUAGUUUAUACAGUUAGCAACCUUUUUAAUUAACUGGAUCUGGCGGUUGAGAAUUGAAUUGGAUUGGGUUGUGGCUAAAGGGGGUGGGCUAAAGGCAUGUUUUCAAGAUGGCUGCCAGUUUUUAAGAUCAUUAAAACGUAAACAACCGGCCACUUGUAACAAUACUAAACCUUACCCUCACGGCACACCUAACCCUAAUUCUAACCCCCAUGCACACUAACCCUAAUACUAACGCAAACUCUUAUUUCAAUUUUGGAACCAUCUCGUUAACAGUAAACUACUUCUCGGCCAUCCCUUUUGGACAUUACCAUCUCAAACUCAUCAUUAAUAAUUCAUGAGUAAAUUAGCCAACCAUACUACUUUAUUUUGCUCACAUGAUAAUACUGGAUAUCUGGUGAAGUCACAUGAUAAUACUGGAUAUCUGGUGAAGUUAAUUCAGUCCUUGGACUGGAUCAAAAUGAAUUCACCUCACUUUAAAUGGUGAUUUAUUCGUAUGAGAUGUCAUUUCAAAUACGACUAUGAAGAUUGGACAAGAUUUCAAGUCUUCACAUUUUAUGAUAGAUAGAUAGAUACUAUAUUUGAACUUCCAUGGCAGCAUACACUGAAUUGCAGAAGUUUUACAUUCUGAUUAGAUAGAUCAACUAGACUGACGUGAAGCAGACCGAGAUAGACUUUGAGCUUACAAAUAGCGCUUGAGCAGCCGCUGUUAGUCCAUACCUCAUUAAUGAUCUUCCCCCAGACCUUAUGUGCCUAACCCACCCUGUCAACUUUCCCUGUCGGAGGAAACACGGAGUACCCGGAGAAAACCCACGACUUUCGGCAGAGCGUUGACUUACUCUUUUCACAUUAGGACUGGAUUCCAGUCACAAUGAGAAGUUCUCAUUGAGAUUCGAACCUGCGGCCUUAGAGGUGAAAGGCAAGUGCGCUAACCACUUCGCCACCGAAGCUUUUAGUCGGCUUCGCCUCGAUCUUGAUCAAAUUACGCGGACUUGAAAUCUAGUCCAGGCCUCAUAGUUGGAUUUGAAAUAUUACAUAAAGAUUGUAUAAUUAUCAUUGAUGCUGCAGAAUUGACGACAUGCUUUUAUACAGCAAUAUAGGCAAAACUUACUGAACUUCAGAUAUUAUUUUCUCUUUACCAUCUAAAAUAUCUUCAUUUUGGGAUAAUUUUAGAGAUUAAGCACUAAACAUACUUUUUGAGUUUGUUUCCCUCUUGAAAAACGUAUUAAAAAUUUUAAAAAUUGAAUAUAGCCAUAAGCAAGUUGAAAUUCAAAUUUCCGAUUGGAGGUAGUGUUCGCUAGUUAUAUUGAGUUCACUGAUUCUUCCUAUUUGGAAGGAAAUAAAACUGCCUUUGCCUUCCCCCCGUGAAAAUUCUUUAAAAAGGCACUGAUUUUCUAAAAUAUUCAUUUUAUGUAGUUCGACCUGGUAUGUGACCAGGCUGCCUAUGGUUCGUUGGCCAUAUCUAUUAGUGCUAUAGGCGAGGCAAUAUUUAGCAUUCCUCUUGGUUUAUUAUCAGAUCGCUAUGGCCGCCUAUGGACUCUCUAUCCAUGCCUUUUUAUUAUGAUAACUGUGGGAUUCGCAUCUGCCUUCGCGACAAAAUAUUGGCAUUAUCUUGUUUCAAGAUUGUUUAGCGGUGCUGUUAUGUUCGGAGUAUUAUAUUCGAUUUCCAGUUUAUCAGGAGAGUUCGUGGGUCCACGCUAUAGGCCGCUUUCACAGAUCGUUACGUGGACAGCUGCUACAUUUGAGCUAUUGAUCUUGACAUUGAUGGCGUAUUUUGUCAGAACGUGGAGAACUUUGACGAUAUUGUGUACCGCACCUUGGAUAGUUGGCUUGGUUUUUGCGAAGUUAGUUUCAUUACAUUGUUAGAUUUAGUUUUGAUGGUAGUGAUGAAAAUGGUGAUGUGAUGGUGGUCGUAUUGGUGACGGUAAUGUGCGUGAUGGUGGCAAUAUGAUAAUGGUGAUGUGAUGAUGAUAAUGGUGACAAUGAUGAUGGUGAUAAUGAUAAUGGUGAUUAUAAUAAUGGUGAUGAUAAUGAUAAUGAUGAUAAUGAUGAUAAUGGUGAUGAUGAUAAUGUUGAUAAUGGUAUUGAGAUGGCGAUAUAGAGAAUAAUACAUGGGUGCGCGGAAAUACCAGAUUUAUUGUUCAACACGAGAAAUAAAUCUGGUAUUUCCAAGCACCCAUGUAUUUUUCUGUUUAUUAUAUAAACAAAAUUCAGUGAAAAACCAUAAAACGUCCGUGGCAAUGCGUUUUACAACAAAUGAUAUUUUCACACGUAAAAAUAUCGUAUUUUUUACGUGUGUUUAAAUACGAUUUUUCUUAGUGGCCAAAAACUCUGAUGAUGUGAUGAUAAUAGUAAUAAUGAUGAUCAUAAUGAUAAUGGUGAUAAUCAGUGAUAAUGAUGAUGAUGAUAAUGAUAAUGAUGAUAAUGAUAAUGGUGAUAAUUAAUGAUGAUGGUGAUGAUAAUGAUGAUAAUGGUGAUGAUGAUAAUGGUUGUGGUAGAGACGGUAAUGGUGUGAUGGAGUAGUUUGUCAGAACAGGGAGAACUCUGGUGACAUUGUACCACACCAUAAAUAUUUGUUUAGUUUUUGAACGUUAAUAGUAGAUUCUGCCACUCAUGCUAUUUUUUAUUGCUUGAUAUUUUCGUUGGGUUUAGAUUCACGCAGGAAUCAAGUCGUUGGUACCUGACGCAUGAUAAAGCCGAUAAAGCCGAGAAAAACCUACGAGAGAUUGCUAAAGUAAAUAGGAAAAAAUACCCUGACGAAAAAUUAAAAAUACCAGAAGUUUCACAAGAGAGUCGAUUCAAUUGUCUGGCUUUAUUCUCAUCGUUGACUUUGGUCAUUUCUAUCCUGAUUCAAGCUUUUGUAUGGUAA